AUGACGCCGUUGCACGGUGCCGGCGACAACAGUGACGACAGCGUAUUCGGCGUGGACAGCGCGGAGAACGCGGACGGCGAGGGCGACGACAGUGACGCCGGCGAGGCCGCGCUUCGCAGCGAGGUGUCGAAACUCCUCCUCGCAUCGCCGCAUCCCUCGGACGACCCGGAAACCCCCGAGAUGAUCGGCGGCAAGCGCAAGUCGCGGCUUCGUGCUGCCCCUCGCACGGCCACAUCAGCAGGACCCUCUUUCGUCCGCGCGAACGACGCUGAAGGAGCCAACGCGAAGGGGGGGAGCGCGUCACGCCCGAAUGCGCGCGCCUUGUCAGUGCGGAGGGCGCCAUUUCCGCCGCUACCGGCGGCAACAGCCGCAGGAGAAGCAGCGUCAACAGCGGCAGUGACUGUGGCAGCAGCAGGCGCAGGAGGAGGGAGCGUGGGGAAGCGGUCUCGUGCCACGUGGCAGGUGAAUAGCGAGGGUAUUGUCACCGCGCUGGAGCGUCAGCAGUCCCUGCCAGCACCCAACUACUGGCGCUAUCAUGCCCGAGCUCUGCCGCUGGUGCAAGCAGCAGAGCAAGCAGAGCACGCCGUACAGGCAAACCCUAUGAUGCUAGCAGAGCAGGCAGUGCGGACGGUGCGGACAGUGCGGACAGUACGGACAGGCCAGGGGCUAACCGCUCGCUCCACCACCUCCCAAUCCACUCAAGCCAAGAAGCCUCGCCUCCUUGCGCACGCGGAUAGCUGCGACCUCCCCCCUCCGCGCCCCCUUUCCCCCGUGGCGCGCGGGACACGCCUCCCAGUUGGUACUGCAGAUUCUUCCCCUCCAGGUGCCCUCUCAGCUGCUGCUGACUCUGCUGCUGCUGACUCUGCUGCUGCUGACUCUGCUGCUGCUGACUUGGAUGCUGACUAUGCUGGUGCUGGCGCCUGGUCAACGCAAGUCAACGCUGGGACGGAGAAGUUUGUAAAGGUGGACGAAAGGGUGGAGGGGGAGGUGCUGGGGAUAAAGGAAGCGGGGGAGGGGCAGGAGGGGGAGAAAUGGGAUGCACGUGAUGGGGGGGAGGGGGAGGAGGGGGAGGUGGAGGAAGGGGAAGUGACAGAAGAGGGGAUUCCCCGGAUAGUGUGGAGGGCAGAAGCGGAGGGGGAGGGGAGGGGAGGGUGUCUGGUCGUUGCUUCCCCUCUCCACUCCAUUCAAGCCGCUGGGGGAGUGGGUGCGGGCAGGCGGAGAGGCACAUGGGCGGAGAGAAUAGCGAACAGGCGCGAGCACCAGGGGGGUGUGCUGCAGAGAGUAAUGCAGGGUGGAUGGACUGCGGUGGAGAGAGUGGUGAGCAGGCGUGAGCAGCAGAAGGGAGUGUUGAGGAGGGGGGUGGUGCAAGCAGGUGUGGCUGCCAGCUGGAGCCUUCUGAUUCGACAAAUGACGUCUCCUCCCCAGGCCGUGCAGGCCGCUAAAAGAGCGGGUGGCGGCAAGAGGCAUUUGCAUCAGCACAAGGGUUCUCAGUCCGGGUCGGUGCAAGCGCAAGCGCAAGCGCAAGUGCAAGCGCAAGCGACUGAGGUAGUGCGCGGGGGCAGGCGGCGAGGCACAUGGGCGGAGAGAGUAGCGAGCAGGCGUGAGCAGCAGGGGGUUGCGCUGAAGAGGGUGAUGGGUGGAAGAGCGGGGAAAGGCAGGGUGAGAGUGAGCGGAUGGCUGUUGAAGUGCCUGAAGGAGAUGCAGGAGGAGGGGGAGGAGAAGAUGUGA